AUGGGUAUGUACUAUUCAAAGCGGAUGUCGGACCGAACGUGUCUACCCAGCGCAAAACACACCCAGCACAGAGUGACCCAAUACAAGGCCGGAAAAGCCUCGCUUUACGCCCAGGGUAAGAGAAGAUACGACCGCAAGCAGUCCGGUUACGGUGGUCAGACCAAGCAAGUUUUCCACAAGAAGGCCAAGACCACCAAGAAGGUUGUGUUGAGACUGGAAUGUGUCAGCUGCAAGACCAAGUUGCAACUUCCGCUCAAGAGAUGUAAGCACUUUGAGCUUGGUGGAGACAAGAAGCAAAAGGGCCAGGCCUUGCAGUUCUAA